CAGGAUCCAUGGAAUCACUCAAAUGCAAAAUAAACUGAAAAUAUCAAGCUUUGGAGAUCGUAGAAGCAAGCAUAGCACAGAAUACGAACUCACGACAAACGCUAAAUCUUCAUGCACACAAAAAUAUAGGGAAUUGUUGUAUUCAUUUGGAAAGAGAUUGCAUGAUGAAUAAUUAAGCCAUCUUUCGGCUGAAAUUUAAUGUUGUACAAUUUUUGAAAUUCUGAUAAUCUCUUUCCAAUUAAGAAUUAUGAAAAUGGCUCUGAAAGGAUUGACAGUUUUGGAGUUUGCUGGCCUGGCACCAGCACCAUUCUGUGGAAUGAUUAUGGCAGAUUUUGGAGCCAGAGUGAUUAGAAUAGACCGUCCUCAACCUCAGUAUUCAAUUGAUACGUUGGGCCGUGGCAAAGAAUCAAUAUGUGUUGAUAUGAAGAAGCCCAGUGGAACGCAGAUAAUCAAAAGAUUGUGUGAGACGUCUGAUGUCCUCAUUGAACCUUUCCGAACAGGAGUCAUGGAAAAAUAUGGUUUAGGACCUGAAAGUUUAUUGUCUGUUAAUCCAAGAUUGAUUUAUACCAGACUUUCUGGCUUUGGACAGAAUGGAUCUUUGGCAAAAAGAGUUGGACAUGACAUCAAUUUUCUUGCCAUAUCUGGUUUAUUAUCAACACUGGGCCGUGCAAAUGAACGACCACAUGCACCUAUUAAUCUCUUGGGUGACUUUGCUGGUGGCAGUCUGCUGAGUUUAAUAGGAAUUCUGCUUGCUCUUCGUUACCGUUCCCAAACUGGUCAUGGUCAAGUGGUUGAUAAUAAUAUGACUGCAGGGGCAGCAUACCUUGGGAGCUGGAUAUGGAAGUCUCAAGAGUUACCCCUAGUAUGGGGCAAAUCUAAAGGGGAAAAUCUCUUGGAUGGUGGUGCUGCGUAUUAUGAUACUUACGAGACAUCCGAUGGCAAAUACAUGGCAGUUGGCGCUUUGGAACCACUUUUUUAUUCCAAUCUUCUUAAAGUUUUGGAACUUGAUGAAAAUGACUACCCACAAUUCGGUGGUGACCAAGAAUACAUUCGAAAGGCAUUGAAAGGAAAAUUUUUGAAUCAAACACAGAAAUAUUGGAUUGAUAAAUUUGAAAAUAUUGAUACCUGUUGUACUCCUGUGUUGAGUCUGCAGGAAGCAGCACUUGACUCACAUAAUAAGACAAACAAAUCAUUUAUGAUUGAUUCUGAUGGCAAUUCCGUACCUUCACCGUCUCCUCUCUUGUCCAAGUCACCAGCAAUUACGUCUGCUAGGGAGGACCCUGUCAUUGGUCAACACACACACAAGAUUUUAAAAGAAAUCGAUUUUACAGAAGAAAAAAUCAAGGAAUUGAUUUCAACUCAAGCUGUGAUGCAAAACUCACCUCUGAAUUCUAAACUUUAAUUUCUCUUUUUAAUAGGUGAAGAAUUCUGCAGCAGCAUGCUGGCAGAACCAUUAAAGCAUCAGAAAGGGAAAAGUCAAAUGGUAAUUGUUUUUGCAGAUUUUAUAUUCCAAGUUCAAAUCCUGGUGAUGUUAGCUUUGCCUUACAUCUAUGUUAUUUUUACUAAUCGUAAAUAUUCUUUUACUUGUUUCAGUCAUUUGACUGCGGCCAUGCUGGAGUACCACCAUAUGUUUAACAAAAAUUAUGAUUGAACACAUUUUUUUGAGGUGCUGAAGUAGUAAUUUGGAUUUUGUGACGAAUUCAGUUUCACUUUUAAACUCUGUGAUGCAUUUAGCUCUCUGUGAUGCACCAAUGCACCUCUUGUAAUGCACAAGUGUGUGGAAACAGGGCACUGUGAACCACCGUUCUAGAGUUUACUUUUUACUCUUCUACUUGUUUCAGUCAUUUGACUGUGGCCAUGCUGGAGCACUGCCUUUAGUCGAGCAAAUCGACCCCAGGACUUAGUCUUUGUAAGCCUAGGGCUUAUUCUAUCGGUC